CCUUCAUUCACCUGCUUGGCAGCCAAAAGAUUAUUGACUUGAGACAUAUUGAGAUAAGAGCACCUUUCCAGAGACGUGAUUGGCCGAUGUAAAUCAACUGAUGCAUUUUUAUUGAAUUUUCUUUAAACAAAGUACAGUACUUGGGAGGACGCCGUAAUCUGAAGUGUGUCUUUCUCAACCUCUUGACUCAGAGACACCAGUAAAUGGUGUAGACUUAUACUAACAGACUAUCAUUGACUGCUGCUGGAUCUCAAUAUGGGGGACACAGAACUGGGCCAGGUAUCCUUUAAAGACAUGGAAGAGUACAACCCCAAAAAGCAGCCAAAGCAACACUGGUACGAAGUUUACGUACAACCAUGCAUAGCGGAGCUCAUAGGCACCAUGCUCUUUGUAUUUAUUGGCUGCAUGUCUGUCAUCAUGAACAACCUAUCCGGAAGCCUGCAACCAGCUCUAGCCCAUGGAUUGGCCCUAGGGCUCACUAUUGCCAUCCUGGGGGGAAUCAGUGGGGGCCACUUCAACCCAGCCGUAUCCCUGGGCGCCUGGAUAAUUGGAGGACUCAACCUUGUCCUAGUAGUGCCAUACUGGGUCUGCCAGCUGACUGGUGGAAUGAUUGGAGCAGCGCUGGCCAGGGCCCUGACUCAAGUAGAAUUUUAUGAGAGAUCAGCUGGUGCAGCUUUCAAUGUGGUGACCACUGAUUCCCAGGUUGCCCGUGCCAUUGGAGCGGAAAUAAUCAUGACAUUCUUCUUGGUGUUGGCUGUCUGCAUGGGGGCCAUUAAUAAGAAGACCACUACUCCCCUGGCUCCCUUCUGUAUUGGCUUCACUGUGGCAACAGACAUCUUGGCGGGAGGAAGCAUAUCUGGAGCAUGUAUGAACCCUGCCAGAGCCUUUGGUCCUGCUGUAGUAGCAAAUUACUGGGCCUAUCAGUGGAUAUACUGGGUGGGACCUAUGAUUGGAGGUCUGCUAGUUGGCGGUAUUAUAAGGCUUCUGCUCGGAGACCAAAAAAUUCGCCUUUUCCUGAAAUGACGUCAUGUGAAGAGCCUUCCUUCCGCCUGUGGUGUUCUUGCUGGGCCUAAAGCAGAUGUCACAGUUCCACCAAUUGCCACCACAGAUUUCCAGACCUGGAAUCAGACUCAAGAACUUUGCCAGCUGGCCACAGAAACCUGGAGGGAGGGCCCAGCAAAUUGCUCCAUGAACCCACCUUAUUCACCAUCAAAUCAAUGCCAGAACCUAAGCAGCGAUAGCGUAGAAGCAACAGCUCUCUUACCACACAGCUACGAAGAGGACUGCUGAUGGCUCUUUCAUGCACUGCCCAGUAUGAGUACUCUGAUCAAUGCCUUAGUCUAUCGUGGUCCCAGGGAAACCUGGGAUUACUAAAUGUCCACACCUACUGAGCCAAGCCUGGUACUACAAAACAAUUGAUUGUGGAACACUUGGCUUGGAAGUCACAAACAACAAUUUCUCCGUGUCACUUGACCACUGUGUGGUUUUCUUUUCAUAAAGAGAAACUUCAACCAAGCUACCUAAAAUUGCUUUUCUAGUCUCUUAACUUGUUCCUGUAUGUAAAUAAUAGUAAUAAUAAUAAUAAUAAUAAUAAAAAAGAACAAUACGUACUA